UCAAAGGUUAUGUUUAGGUUGACAGCACACGAAAACAAAUAAAUUAUAGGAUAAUAAGCAUUUACCUUUAAGAAAUCUUCCUUAGGCUAAGAUGAGCGGAUACGUUGGUGAUUUGUCACCGAAACAGGAAAAUGCUUUGCAAGAGUUUCGGAAAGCAGUAUCAGACAGUAUCAAGCCAAAACAUGAUGACCAUUACCUGCUUCGUUGGCUUAGAGCACGAGACUUCGAUGUAAAGAAAGCUGAGAAGAUGCAUAGUGAGGCGCUGGAAUGGCGGGCAGCUUUGGGAGCGGACACAAUUCUGGAAACGUACCAAGAGAUUCCAGUGAUAGAGAAAUACCGCACUGGUGGUGUGCUGGGUAGAGACAAGUCAGGCUGCCCCAUCUACAUUGAUCCAUAUGGACUCAUUGAUAUUAAAGGGUUGUUGCGGUCUGCUAAAAAGAUUGAUUUAAUGCGAAAGUUUGUGCACGUUAUGGAGACAGUGGACAAGAUGUGUGAGGAGGAGUCAAAAAAGUGUGGCAGAAAAGUAAACGCCUUAACGGUGAUAUAUGAUUUAUCUGGGGUUGGCUGGAAUCACAUAUCGAAACCAGCGGCAGACAUGUACCUAACCAUUGUGGAGACUGCUGAAAGCAAGUACCCAGAGGUUCUCAAGAAAGUCUUUGUCAUUAACAGUCCAAAAAUGUUUCCAGUGAUUUGGUCAGUUGUGAGACCAUUUCUACAUGAAAACACCGCUAAAAAGGUUGCGGUGCUUGCAGGGAACUACCAGGAGGCCCUGUUGAAGGAGAUAGAUGCUGACCAGCUGCCCAUGUGUUACGGUGGGACUCUCACGGACCCUGAUGGUGACCCAAGAUGUAGAACACAUAUCAACCAGGGUGGUAUAAUCCCGAAGGAAUAUUACAACCAGGCAGUUCCCCACAGUGCAAUGACGUGUACAACCAUUGGCCGGGGAUCCACCCUGCAGCUAGAAUAUGAGGUUCAUAAACCAAAUAGUGCUCUCAGGUAUGAAUUUCUUACUGAGGGUUAUGAUGUUGGAUUCGGUGUGUUCCGGAAAAGUUCCCGAGAGCGGUUAAAGGCGGGAGAUAUGGAGACGGUGCUUCCUACACAGCGCAGCAACAGUCACCUGGUGCCUGAAGACGGGGCCGUUGAGUGUGACAUUCCGGGAAUCUAUGUUGUUAGAUUUGACAACACAUACAGCUGGGCUCGCAGUAAGAAGCUUCACUACUUAAUAGAAGUACUUGAGGUCUCGACCAGGAAUAGCAGCAGCAGCAGUCUCAGUAACCAGGCAGAGGCAGCACCAACCCAGGAAGAUAUAUGCCAGUCCUAGCCAAGCUCUCAACAUGUAGAUUAAAACCCCUAUUGUUGUCAUGAAAAUAUGGGAAAUAUUUUUGAAUAUCACUAUAAAUAAAUGUUACCUACAUUAACAAGUUUAAAAACAUACAGUUAAUCAGCGAUUAUAUGUUUUAAAAUGUAUAACCAAUUAAUGUGCAAUCAAUUAAUAUACAAUCAAUUAAUGUGUUUGAACUCAUUUUGGAAAUUCUUGUAACAUUUUUGUCAUUGCAUUGAUACAAGCACUAUAGAAUCACUUAUGCACCUUUUUCACUUAGCUGGCAGGCACACCUAGGUGUUUUAGACAAAAAGGCCUGGGUCAGAGGUGUUCCAGUCAUCAAAGAAAAUCCAGAAAAAUAUGUUUUAUAAUUGGAUGUCACACUUGAUCUGUCAAAUUCUCGGGAAUAAUGCACUGUCCUAAUUCUGCUCAAAGCUCCCUCCCCCUCAUAGAGACGCAAAACAUUGACAGGUGCAUUGUAUGUAAAAAAAAUGUUAAGUAUAUAAUAAUAAUGAAUGAGAAUCUGUGAUCUCUACCUUGUCAAUGUGAAAUUAAAGGUCAGUCAAAAUCAAACCAGAAUCUAAGAAAGUUGUGAAAGCCUAAAACAGGGUAAAACAAUAUUGUACAGGAUGAGUAAAAGUGUACUUUGUUAUAGUUUUGGUGCAUAUGAGCAAUACAUGACGGUAAGAAAAUAUGAAACAUGUCAAUCAUAGGUAGCUGUAUCGACCAUUGGGAUUGUGAAUAUAGUUCAUAUAUAAAUAUAAAUAUAGAUAAGAAAGAGCUCUCAAUGAUCAUUUAAAUGAUAUUUUAAAAGAUUUAAGGUUUUAUCAAUUUUUAUCUUAUUUUGUUUUUAUAGUAAUUUAUCAGUAUAUAUGAACAGAAAUGUCUCUUGGUGAAGUCUUUAUACAAGGAGGGUAUUAUAAGAAGUGGCAUCAUAGGAACGUUAUCUCUAUAGCUUGUUUUUUGGCAGAAUGUCUAUUUGAUUUGCUCAAAGUAUUUCCCCUUUGCAUCCACACUCACAAUCCAGUCUCAAAAUGUCUGCAAACUCCACUUUUGGUAUACUGUUUUUACACUGGUAUAAGACACAUCCAACGGCACUGCACAUCUCAUAACAAUGCCUGUGUAGACACAACCUGAUGUGGUUAUUCAACCCUAAGUCACAAAAUGAGAGGUCUAAGAUGUAUGGUGGAUUGUGCAACAGUUGGAGAUUGUGCUGUUGCAAAUUUUCUGUAACGAGUGCAAAGCAAUACCAGGGUGCAUUAGUAUCUUCACACACUGCAGACCGGUACAUUGGCGCUCUGUGGUGUAGUGGUCAAUAACAGCAGAAAGAACAUAUCCCUAUAAAAAAAUGCCCUGUGACCGGACUGUGCUCAGGUUAUGAGACUCUGGCUACAAUCCUGUCAUUAUCAAAAAAAAGAGUGUACAUGACCCACCUGAAACUUCUAUGCCUAGCUAUCAAUGGAAGCUCAUUAUCUUCACCCAACCCUAUUCUGUUAUUUUCUUUGCUGACAGAAACAAAAAACAACAACUAUGUAUCAUCACCCGUGACAAUUGUGCUUAUCCACAGAGAGUCCUUGUCUUCAUAUUUAGAGAGCAAUGCCUAUGUCUUUAAUGUGUUCCAGUUUCUGUUCUGGGUUCAACUAGUGGGGUACCAAUGUGAGCAUACCUUGCAUAAUUUUUCUAUUCCUUUAAAAUCAAAUACACCACUGAUGAAUUUAUGCCUGAUAUGUUUCACUGUAAGAAAGGCAUUUUGCUCUACUACAGAUUUGACAGUACCAAUGUCUUUGUCAAAUCCCAUGGGGAAAAGGAUGGGCAGGGUCUCAUCUUAUAACGCCCUUCUUUAAACAAGGAAACGUAUCUUAAAAAGCUAUGUUGCCUUCAAAAUUCAUCAAUUUGUGCAUGCCGAAACAUAUAUAAAUUUCAAAAGGCUUCACAUGUAUGUGCAUUAGGAAACUGUGAUUUUGCAGCUAUGUUGUCACAACUUAUGAAACCCUCCUCAUAUAGCAAUGCUGAGAAUACAAUGCUUAAGCACAAAAAAAUAUAGUAUCAAUAUUUAAAAUACUGUUGUUAAAGGUAGCCUGCAAUUACCUUCAUUGCCAGUAAUCAAGUUCUAUUUAGAAGUUCAGUUAUUAGAAGAACUUUUGUGUGAGGUGUUUUUUGUCCAGAAGACAAGCUAUUGGUACAAUAAUGUGGGAAAGACAGCCUUAAUAUUUUUUUAUUUAGAAAAAAGUACUGGUGAACAUGAAUGAAUGGCAAGAUAUGCAUAUUUGUUUACCAGUGAUCAGUUUUAUUAUCUCAUUUUAUUUGUGCAGAUUAUUUUUACAGUCUCCCCUCCCCUUUAACACUUCUUCUCACCAAAUUUUGCCUGUAGCAGAACUGGUAAACUACUAAAAAAUAAUUUAUUUGGAACAUGGAUAAAUGGCAAUAUGAAGUUGUGCAAGUGCAAGAGUUAUAAGUAGAGAGCAUUUUGUUGUAAAGUUGUCUCCCCUUGUUCAUUUCUUAAAAGCAAAUACUGUCCAGGGCUGGUAUUUCUUAAAGCAUUUAAGUCAUUUCCUAACUUAGCGGUAAGUGAUUUUCCUGAGUUAUGUAUCUCACUAGUCAUAUGAUAUAUAACUUGAUAUAAUCUAAAAUACCUUAUUCUCAUUAAUUGUUUGUAAUAUUCUAACCUUUUCUUUAAAUUUGAAUAUGAACAAUUUAGGAAUUUGACUUAAGAUACAAAAUGACUGAAUAUGUUUUAUAAAUACUGGCCCUGGGCAUUACUGUAAAGCUAAACAAAUAAAUACUGUUUUUUGCAAGAGAACACAAAGACUUGCCAGUGUCUUUACAACUUGCAGAUUGUUUUGUUGUUAGAUUAGUUUGUUGCCAGAUUUAAGCCUUUCUGGCCAUUUAAUGAAGUUUGUGCUUAUGCCCAACAUGUAUUACUUGAUUUCCUUCAAUUUGAAGUUUCACUUUAGUUAUGUAAGGCACUUUAGGAUGGUUGAUAAUAUUUGUAAUUGCUGCUUCUCUUAUCCAUACUAAAAUUAUCUUGUUUGAAGAUUGCCAAAAUUGAGCACUGUCAUGUUCGGACACUGUGCUGGUAUUCCCUCACUAUUAAGGUAGUUCACCAAAAACUUGUUCAUCAAGGUAUUGUAUUAUGCAUACUUAUACUGCAGUUUGGACAAAAACGAAAUAACGAUACUAUAAGAACAAAUAUGAAAUAUGAUCCAACUGGUUCAGAAGAGUAUUGCGCUCUUUUUAAGUAUUUACCCUACUUCUGACUACCGGGUAUCUAUAUUUUUGUAAUGCCAACUGCUCCAUGUUAGCUGUGAGUGAAUAUAUGACACAGUUUAUGCAUGUUCAGGUAGCAUCUUUUUAUCAUGUUACAGUCAUCUAAAGUUCACGUAACAUUAUAGGGAUAUACAUUAUAUAGGAGACAAAAUUUGUAUGGUGAAUGCUUUUUUCAUGUGUCAUUGUAUGCACUCUUACUCCCAAAUAAGAUUUACCACAAGUUUAAUUUGAUAUAAAGUUGCACAAAACAAGAGUUUCUCUACCUUAUGAGACAAUAGUAGAUAACAGUAAAUCUUUUAGCAUUCACUAAUCAUUUAAUAUUUUUAGGAUUUUAGCUAAUAAAUAUAUAGCAUGGUAAAAACAUGGUUACAAUCUUAUUAUCAGUAAUUAAUAUUUUCCAUAAAUGCAUUAUUUAGUAAGUAGUAAAAGGUUUAUCACUCAAAAUCUAUGUUUUUUAUGGAUGUGUAUGUAUUGAUUUUGAAUAAGAGUGUCAGGUUACAGUCAUUAAAAGUUCAGUAACAUUAUUGGGAUAUACAUUAAAGAGGAGACUACAGUUGUAUGGUAAAUGCAUUUUCCAUGUGUCAUUGUAUGUUAAUUAUAUCAGUAUAUUUGUGAAAAGUUAGGUCAGUGUGUCGGAGGUUUUUUUGUUUACGAUGUUACUGGUACACAUUCAUUAUGUUCCAAUUGUGAGUAUUCAAGUUCUCUUGUACUUGCGUUUCAGUUUUGUUUUUAUAGUUACAUUAUAAGGGCGUUGCAAAACAUUUGAUAGUGUCCUAUACUUAAAUAAUCAUUCUGUUUGUCCAUCCAUCCAUCCACAUUUGUUAUGUCUUUGUUUUUUAACAACUUUUAAACCAUUGAAGAAUUCAAUUUCAAACUUCAUACAAUAGAUCACAGUAACAUUACCAUCUUUUUAUGACAAGUACCGGUAACAUAAGUCUAUCAUUAAUAUUGUUUGAUUAAUAGCCCUUUGUAAAUUUUAAUAUUCAAACGUAACAAAUGAAUUCACUUUUUAUUACAACCGCAAAACUUUUCAAAGAAAUUGAAUUUGACUAGAAGCAUCAAAAUAUUAUAUAAGGAAUGUUUGUGUAACACCGAAACCAUAACUCCUUGACUUAUUGCUGUCUCUGUCAAAGAUGCAGUCAGCCUUAUAACAUCCUGUGAUGUCUCUAGUUUAUGUUUUACUUAGCUCAUAGUUGGCUCAUCAGUCAACUAAUGUCAACAUUUACCUUGUGAACACUCUAGGUUAGAAUCAACAUUUUAGGCUAUCCAAUCUUUUUGAAACUUUGUCAGAAUGUGAAGGCCAAUAGAAUUUAAAUGAAUGUUUUUUACUGGGUCAAAUUUUCGGAAAUUCUUUGAAAAAUCCAGAGGCCAAAUUUUCUUCCUGUUAUUGUCAAGGUAAAACACUUGAUAAAAUGUAUGAUAAAACUUAAACACCCCUGAGGCUACAAUAUUAUCUAACUAGUCUUCACAAAUUUUGGUCAGAAAGUGGGUGAAGUUCAAUAGUAGAAAUGUGGAGUAAAAAGUCACUAGGUCGUUUGUUUUUAUUUAAUUCAGAAGCAAUAAUUAUUGAAUUAUGGGUAAUGUCUAGUUAUGUACAGUUUAUUUGCUUUAUAUUUGCUUUAUGAAAACAAAAUUACGAACAAUUUUUCUACCUAAUCUUUAUGUUACUAGAUAAAAUUGAAUGUCUAUAUAACAAGGUCAAGGUCAAUUAUAGGCCAAGUAGGGCAAAAGGUAGGUCAUUCGGUCAAUUAUUUGAGAGAAAAAAAAUAAUUAAACUGACCAUAGGCCACAUUUUUCUGAAUAAAACUUUAUGAAACUUUGUCAGAAUGAUUGUCCGACUUAAAAUUAGCCUACGAAAAAUGAAAAUGGGUUAAUUCUUGGUAAGAAAAAGGUCAAAAGAUCAAAUGUUUGAACAUUUUUGUUAACACGAGGUCAUAUUUUCUUCCCAGAGCUAGUUUUAAGUUAUUUUGACAGCUUGUUUUCUUAUUCAAAUAUAUGGUACUCUGGUAAGUGAUAUAGCACUUUCAUGGCCCACCUGUUGUUUUACUCAGGAUAUUGUCUAGUACAAUAUCUUUGUUAAUUGUUAUUGGAUAUGCUUAGCUAUUGUAGUAUUUAGUAUUUUUAUUUCAAUUAAAAACUAUCAUCGCUGUAGUGCACAAACAAUGCAACAGUACCAUACUUGUUCAAUUUAGCGUGUAUGUUUAAUUGUUUACAUAUUUUCUUUUUGUUAAAGUAAGCAUGUAUGUUUAAUUGUUCACAUAUUUUCUUUUUGUUAAAGUAAGCAUGUAUGUUUAAUUGUUCACAUAUUUUCUUUUUGUUAAAGUAAGCAUGUAUGUUUAAUAUUGUUCACAUAUUUUCUUUUUGUUAAAGUAAGCAUGUAUGUUUAAUUGUUCACAUAUUUUCUUUUUGUUAAAGUAAGCAUGUAUGUUAUAAUUGUUCACUUAUUUUCUUUACUACAUUUGUACAUGGAAAUAAUAAAAACUUUGUGUUUGGGUAGAAUGUGAAAUGAAAUUUGAAAGAAUGUUUUAUAUAAAAAAAGCAUGUUGCCUGAGACAAUACACACAUGUAAGCAAGGCCCUUACAUCUGCUUUUAUAAUUUUCAUGUACCACUCCACUCUUUCACCUUAAAAAACACAAUAGACAACCUUGGGCCUAGUGAUAAAUCUUAAUAAUUCAUUACAACAAUUUUGAAUUAUUUUCAUUGUUUACCCAAUCAUGUAUGACUACCAUUAUACAGUUGUAUUUCUAUUCUUCACACUGGAUUUAUGUGUAUUUUCACCUCCAUGCAGGUGGUUUUGUUGAAGUCCCCAUUUACAGAUAGUUAUAGAAUUCAUAUUUUUUAUAUAUACACAAGAAUUUUUAUACCAAUUCCAUAUACAUUAAGAAUCACAUAUUUUUUCUUCAUUAUACCCCCACAAACGAAGUUUGAGUGGGUAUAUAGGAGUGAGCUUGUCGGUCAGUCGGUCUGUCGGUCAGUCGGUCUGUCGGUUUUCAUGGUUUCUGGACGAUAACUCAUGAAAGGCUAGACAGAUUUGAAAACUGUUUGGUACACGGGUGUAACAUCAGAAGAUACAGGUCAAGUUCGAUAUUGGGGCUGGUGGGGCCAAGGUCAAGGUCACUGUUACUAAAAAUAGAAAAACGGUUUCCGGACGAUAACUCAUGAAAGGCUUGACAGAUUUGGAGAAUUUUUUGGUACACAGGUGUAACAUCAGAAGAUACAGAUCAAGUUCGAUAUUGGGGCUGGUUGGGCCAAGGUCAAGGUCACUGUUACUAAAAAAAGAGAAACGGUUUCCGGUCAAUAACUCAUGAAAGGCUUGACAGAUUUGAAAUUUUUUUGGUACACAGGUGUAACAUCAGAAGAUACAGGUCAAGUUCGAUAUUGGGGCUGGUUGGGCCAAGGUCAAGGUCACUGUUACUAAAAAAAGAAAAAUGGUUUCCGGACGAUAACUCAUGAAAGGCUAGACGGAUUUGAACAAUUUUUGGUACACAGGUGUAACAUCAGAAGAUACAGAUCAAGUUAGUGAACUUGUCGGUCGGUCGGUCUGUUGGUCAGUCGGUUUUCAUGGUUUCCGGACGAUAACUCAUGAAAGGCUUGACAGAUUUAAAAAAAAAUUGGUACACAGGUGUAACAUCAGAAGAUACAGGUCAAGUUCGAUAUUGGGGCUGGUGGGGCCAAGGUCAAGGUCACUGUUACUAAAAAUAGAAAAACGGUUUCCGGACGAUAACUCAUGAAAGGCUUGACAGAUUUGAAAAAAUUUUGGUACACAGGUGUAACAUCAGAAGAUACAGGUCAAGUUUGAUAUUGGGGCUGGUGGGGCCAAGGGCAAGGUCACUGUUACUAAAAAAAGAAAAACGGUUUCGGGAUGAUAACUCAUGAAAGGCUAAACAGAUUUGAACAAUUUUUGGUACACAGGUGUAACAUCAGAAGAUAAGAUCAAUUUCGAUAUUGGGGCUAGUGGGGUCAAGGUCACUGUUACUAAAAAUAGAAAAAUGGUUUCCAGAAGAUAACUCAUGAAAGGCUUGACAGAUUUGAAUUUUUUUUGGUACACAGGUGUAACAUCAGAAGAUACAGGUUAAGUUCAAUAGAUCCUUCAAAAACUUAAUGAGCAAAUAUUUACCUUUAAAGUAAUUGACACUUGGAAAGAUGAACAAACAAAACAAAUCCGGCAUGCUUCAUUUGAACCAGAUGCCAGUAGAAUACCAGCAGAACUUAAGUAUGGCAUAGUUGCCACAGUAGUGCUUACUACUAAUAUUGACCUGUCAGAUGGACUUGUUAAUUCGGCUACAGGAACAGUCCCGGGAUUUAUUCCCAGGUGGAUAAGGAUGCAUUCAAGCCCAAAUAUGUACUUGUAAAAUUUGAUGAUGAUCGUGUUGGAAGAAAAGCUCGUGAAUGCUCUAGAUGUCUUAUUUCGGAAGAGAUCAGCUAGAGCAUCAGCUAGUUUUUCUUGUCAGCAGUGUAACUUCUAAAUUACUCAACAGAUUUAAAUAAAACAAUACAUGCAUGAUAAAAGAAGAUGCAGUGUGCAGUAACCUUGGAGUUAUGGCCUCUUUUCAAAGGAAUGGUUUGCCAUUCCUGUGUCCAGGGGCAUUUGGGGGUAUUCGUCACUCCUGUGACAGCUCUAGUUAUGUUAACGUUAAAGGAACAUGUGAUAUAUCGUUUAACUGCUGCAAUGUCAGUAUAAUUAUUAUUUACAUGUAUAUGAACUUGUUUGUCAUUUAUGAUUUAAAGUUAUUGUUAUCCAUUUCAAUGUGUUUGCUGUUGCCUAGAAUGUAAAUGAUAACUUUUGAAUAAAAUGUUAUCAGUCAAUUUUGUAUGUUAAUAUUUAUUUGAUUAACUUCAAAUUUCAGCCUUGUCUUUAAAUGUUUUUAUUUCAUUUUUUUUUGCAAUGUGAAAGAUGGCUUAAACAUCCAAGUAUUUAUAAACAUUAUACAUAUUGACUUGGUUUGUUCCUUUGCUUAAAAUAGUGAAAAAAAUAAUUGAAUUUAGUGUUUUAUUAGACGAUAUUAAAAUAUAUGACAAAUACAUGUUUUGAACGCCUGACUGGUUUAUCAACUGACGGUGGUGGACAGCGGUCAAUUUGGACUGCGACCAAGCAGACGGAUUUGCUUUUUGAACGGUCACUGACCUGCUUGAGCACGGCCAGCAGACGGGUAAAGUAAAUCCCUGGUGGAAUGUUGAAAUUGUCAACUCAUCUCUACUUUUAAGGUUAAACAUUUAAAAAAGUAGCCUAAUUUCACCUUCCGCAAUAAAUGGAGAUAAAAGAUAUGUCCGUCACCCUUGAAUCAUUUGUUCAAAUUUUGAAGAUGUUCGUACCAGUAACCGACUUUUGUUAACACCCCUGUGCAGUGUAUACUUUUGUCUAGAAGUCAUUUUAUCAUUGUGUUAUAAAAUUACAUGAAGCAAAAUGUGUGUUUCAUAUUAACAAAGAAUAUGCAUGUUUGCAAUUGUUAACGUUGGCGCGAUCCGUGAUGUACGGUUCUUAAUAAGUCAUACAGGCUGGGCUGAUUUCAUUAUCCUCUGGUAUGGCAAACAUCAUAAAAUUAUAGAAACAGCUGAAGCCAUAAACAUUAUUUACGGUAGACUUCCAUAAAUGUGACUAUUAUUUUUGCUGGCGGGGGUCACUCGAUGGCCAUAUCAAUAAACGUUGAUCAGUGAAUUUGGUGAGAUAGAAAGUUUUUAUAUAUAAAUACCGGAUAUUUUAAAAUAUCUUCUAAAGUUCUGAUUAUUAUAUUUAAACUUGAAAAGGCGAGUUUAAUUUACAUGAAUGUAAUACUGUUUGGGAGCUAUGGAGUUCAUGUAAACUGUGCCGGAACGUGAUCAAUACCGGAUUUACAUUUACAUAUGGGGUAACAUGAUGAGAAUUAAUGCCACCUGGCCUUAUAUGGCUCUCUGAAAUAUUGUAUUACAAAACAUUUAUUGAGAUUGUCCAAGGUUUCGUAAUAGAUUGUUAUGCUUACCCCAUCUGAACAUGGCGUUAAACCCGAGAUGACUUGAACUUGAAUUCACCCUCAUUUCAUUGUCUGGACAAAACAGUGUCUGGCUUAAAGCGACAGUGUCAAAAUGAAAUACUCCGCUUCAACAUAAAUCCCACUAAACACGUUUAACACUGAACGAAACAAUCUGGAACAUUUAAAACAACAGCAACAAAGAUUCAGAAAGGUAGACACAUAACA